CUAUGUUAAGACCGCCACUGAGUUCAGUGUCUUCGCAACACAGGUGUGUGUGGACUGAAAAAAACAGAAGAAGUCAAGACUUCACUUAUUUUGACAGUAUCCUGUACAGUCCAGAUUCUUUUUACAUUUGACAAGGGUGCGGAGGACAGACUGAGAGCAUAAGAGAGGAAACGAAAGAGAGAGAGAAAAAGAAACUACACAUACACUUCCGUGCUUCAUCCAGAUUAUUUUAAUUGUACAAUCAAGGAACCGAUGGCUCAUUCACUUAAGACAGAAGCUGAAGAGGGACCCUCAAAAGAUCUGCAGCAGAGGCCAAAAGGGGAAAGGCACACUUUCAAGUUCAGUACGAGAAAUGGAAAGGAAAUCAUAGCGGAAUAUGACACAUCCCAAACUGUGUUUGGAGCAAUUAAUAAGUUCGACACAUUUAGCAGUCCUGACAAGAUGGGGAAGGAAAUAAUAAUCAUAAGAUCCAAAGGCACAAUUUCUGGAGCAGUUGUGAAGACAGAUUUCCCCUGCUGUCUUAUUGAAGAUGAUGAGAACUUUAAAAUAAGCUUAUACAACAGUGAAAAUGCAUCUACAAAUCAGGAAACAACUACAGAUACUGACCCUCAAAGCUUAGUCACUUUUUACAUCAGAACGAGAGGGAAGAAAAUUAAAACAAUAAUGAAGAGCAGUGUUUUUGCGACAAACAACCUUGACUACGUUUGUGUAUUUGCACACAAAGGAGACAUUCUGGAAGAGGCUCUUCAGCGUGAUGGCAGAUUUAUUGAUAACAUUUUUGACAAUAGCAGUGAACUCAUUGAUGAUGGUGACAGAAGCUAUAAAAUGAAUUUGACUGUAGAUCAUUGUGAUGGCAUGAAAUUUCAGUUAUAUGUUAAUAAUCCUGGAAAAAAGCCAAAAAAUCGUGCAAAGAACAAUGGCAAGCCCAACAACACAGAACAAAAAACAACGCAAGAGAUAAAGACAAAAGUCACAGAUCCUUCAACUGAAAACCAUGCAGCUCAGAAUACUGCUGGAAAUUCUGGAGAUUUGGCUGGUGAUUCAAGUCAGAAUCCCAACAACACUAGGCAAGAAAAAAACCAAGAUGGAAACACAAAGUUCACAAAUCCUUCAACUAAACAGUAUGUCGCUAAACCCAUUGAAGAUUCUGAAGAGAUUCUGGAAAUGCUGCGUGAUCAGUAUCCAGUUUUACUGAAGCAAUUACAGCAGCGAAAGAAACUAAAGGACAAGUCUGAGGUCCAAAAGUUCUUCAGAGAAGAAUAUGGUAAGAGUGUUGAGAAUUUCUUGAAGGUGAAGAAAGUAAAGCAGCUCAUGAGACUCUCUGACUCUGUGUGUCAGAUUCGACAGGGAGAGUCUGCUUUAGGAACUGGUUUCUUGCUCUUCGACAGAUACAUCCUCACUAAUGCUCAUGUUAUUGGAGAAUCUACUGAUGUUACAAAAGUUAACACUGCAGAGUUCACAGCUGUAUUUGGUUAUGAAGACCUGGAUUCAAAGGAUAGCAAGCGCAUACCAGUUGAACAACUCACAGCUUACUUUCUUGGAAUGGACGAUGAAGGAAGGUAUCUUGACUAUGCUCUUCUUGAACUUGAUGAUGUUGAAAACACUGCUAAGUAUCCUGAUUUGCUUUAUUAUUACCGUCCAAACGCUCCUAUUAACAGAGGUCAGAUCUGUAUUGUUGGACAUCCAGGUGAAGGGGUUAAGAAAAUGGACCCCUGCUUCAUCAUUGAGAGGGACAAUCGACUAGAGGCUGCAAAUAAACAUGCAUCCGAGAAUCAACAUUUAAUUCAUCUUAUAAAGGAAAAGUACUCGGAACAGAAAUGGGACUUUUCAGCAUAUGAAAACGAGAUUACUUAUAACUCUUGUUUCUUUCACGGAUCUUCUGGCUCUCCAGUUUUUGAUGUAGACUGCAAUCUGAUUGGCAUCCACACUGGUGGCUAUAAGUACAAAGAAGAAGGAGAUACAACUUGCAGCGUUAUGGAAUAUGGCUUUUCCAUGCAGCCCAUCCUGGAUAGCAUCAGAGCACAGGCUAAGAUAAAAGGUUUGCCAAAUAUCAUCAAUGCCAUAGAUGCCUACAGCAAGCAACAGAAUCAGAUCGACACUAAGAUGGAAAGUGCUGAAGAGUCCGACAAGAAUUGAAUUAAUCUGUCCACACGUCUGUGCUGCCAUUUUUUGUGACUGCAAAAC